UAAACAGUACACCCGUUCCUGAACUAAAACUGGACUUCACGUGAAUCGGGGGCCAGCUCGAGCAGUGACAGGCAGUCCUUAUAAAGAUUUGUCCUCUUUAAUCAUCAUUAAGUUACUGAGCGGCUGGUGGCAGGUGGCAGCAUUUCGAAGUGCAUUCAAUGACAGCAGUCAGCAACUUAACAGUAAAGAAGAAGAAAGCGUAAUUAUGGAAAAUAAAGAAGAGGUUAAAUGCUUGGAGGAUUUCCACAGUGAUAUUCAAAAACCCUCGCCACGUAAAAAUUCUGACAUUCAUCCUGAAGAUGAAGCUGAGGGAAAACCACCACCACCACCACCACGAGAGAAAUGGUCUAGCCGAAUUGACUUUGUACUGUCUGUAGCAGGAGGCUUCAUUGGCUUAGGGAAUGUUUGGCGUUUUCCUUACCUGUGCUACAAAAAUGGUGGAGGUGCCUUUCUUAUUCCCUACUUCAUUUUCUUGUUUGGAGGAGGGCUUCCUGUAUUCUUUUUGGAGAUAGCACUGGGACAGUUGACUUCUGAAGGAGGAAUCACUUGCUGGGGCAAGGUGUGUCCAAUAUUUACAGUGAUUUCAUAUGCUGAAAUACCAGCAAUUUCUCUUCUUAAUGUUUAUUGGGUACCAGUGUUGGCAUGGCCAAUGUAUUUUGUGUUCACAAGUCUACAGUCUGAAUUACCCUGGCCAGCACCGGGCCAUUCAUUCUCUCAACCUCACUGCUUGGAGGGGACCAAGGAUAGAACCUUGUGGUACACUGGUAGUAGUCAUAAUUAUAUACACAACUUUAUUUUAUUCCAACAGCGAAAAGUACUAGGCCUCACUAGUGGCAUUGAGGACAUUGGGACCGUCAAGUGGGACUUGGCCCUCUGUCUCCUGGCAGUCUGGGUGAUUUGCUUUUUCUGUAUCUGGAAGGGAGUGAGGUCUACAGGAAAGGUCGUUUAUUUUACUGCAACAUUUCCUUUUCUCAUGUUGUUCGUUCUUUUGAUCCGUGGCGUUACCCUUCCAGGAGCAGCUGAAGGUAUCAAAUUCUAUCUGUAUCCCGAUAUUACACGCCUGAGAGAUCCACAAGUGUGGAUAGAUGCAGGGACUCAAAUAUUUUUCUCCUAUGCAAUAUGUCUUGGAGCAAUGACAUCUCUUGGAAGCUACAAUAAGUACAAAUAUAACUGCUACAGGGACUGCUUGCUGCUGGGAUGCCUCAACAGUGGUACCAGUUUUGUGUCCGGAUUCGCAAUUUUUUCUGUCCUGGGCUUCAUGGCACAAGAGCAGGGGGUGGACAUUGCAGAUGUGGCAGAGUCAGGCCCAGGAUUGGCCUUCAUUGCAUAUCCUAAAGCUGUAACUCUGAUGCCAUUGCCAACAUUCUGGGCAAUCCUCUUCUUCAUCAUGCUUCUCCUGCUAGGAUUGGACAGCCAGGUCAGUAUUCAAUGGCCUGACAUGGUGGGGGUUGGGAGCAGUUAUGUGACUUGA